AGCCGCCAGCUCACAGAGUAAAGAUGGCGGCGAGGAACGGGAAGAGCGGCCUGCUGGAGAAAUGGAGGAUCGAUGAGAAGCCGGUGAAGAUCGAUAAAUGGGACGGAGCUGCAGUGAAGAAUUCUCUGGACGACGCUGCGAAGAAGGUGGUGUUGGAGAAGUACGGGUAUGUGGAGAACUUCGGGCUGGUUGACGGGCGGCUGCUGAUCUGCACGGUGUCGUGUCUGUUCGCCAUGUUGGCUCUGAUCUGGGACUUCCUGCAUCCGUUCCCCGAGUCCAGACCGGUGCUCGCCUGCUGCGUCAUCUCCUACUUCAUCAUGAUGGGGGUUCUGACUCUCUACACUUCCUACCAAGAGAAGAACAUCUUCCUGGUGGCUCUGCACAGAGACCCGGCUGGAAUGGACCCAGAUCACACCUGGCAGCUGAGCUCCUCUCUGAAGAGGUUUGAUGACCUGUACUCCCUGCGGCUGCUCUUCAGUGACGGUAAAUCUCGUUCGUGGUCAGACGGAGAGUUCAGCCGCUCCGUGUCGUCGUUCUUCGAUGAGAACGGGACGCUGGUGAUGGACCAGUUUGAGAAGUGUGUGUCUGACCUGCACGACUCGCUGUCCUCCGACAAGAAGAGCAAAUAACCUUCAUCACCACCAUCAUCAUCAUCACCACCAUCGGUUAUAAAACAGAGAAAAACUGAGAAGGUCAAAUUAAAGCAAAGAUUUGUAAUAAAUGUUCAUUUUGAUUGGUUAACGGUUACUUCCUGUUUGGUUACUUCCUGUUUGGUUACUUCCUGUUUGGUUACUUCCUGUUUGGUUACUUCCUGUUUGGGUUCCUUCAUUUCAUUCCUGAGCUGCUUCGGUUAUAAAGAUCAGCUGAUCAGCUCUCUGACCAAUCACAGCGCAGCACGUUAAAAUGAUUCUUUGAUGUUCAGGAAGUGAAACAAACUUUUAUUUUGAAGUUUAUUUUUCUGACCGCCUUAAAAUCUGUUUGACAUUUCAAAAUAAAAGAUGUUCAAAUACUGA